AUGGCCGACCUCGGGAAGAAGUACUGCGUUAACUGCUUGGCAGAUGUAACGAACCUUCGUCUUCGUUGCACAGAUUGCCAGGACAUUGAACUCUGUCCGGAGUGCUUUUCUGCAGGGGCCGAAAUCGGAAAUCACCGGCGAUGGCACGGAUAUCAGCAAGUGGACGGUGGCCGUUUUACUCUUUGGGGUCCCGAAGCAGAGGGAGGUUGGACCAGCAGGGAAGAGCAGUCGCUACUCGAUGCGAUCGAGCAGUAUGGAUUUGGAAACUGGGAGGACAUGGCCGCUCAUGUGGGAGCCUCAAGGACCCCUCAGGAGGUCAUGGACCACUAUGUGAACAUGUACAUCCACGGCAACCUGGGCAAGGCCUGCAUCCCGGACAGCAUCCCAAACCGCGUGACUGACCACACUUGCCCGAGCGGGGGUCCCCUGUCCCCCAGCCUGACCACCCCGCUGCCCCCGCUGGACAUCUCCGUGGCCGAGCAGCAGCAGCUGGGCUACAUGCCGCUGCGGGACGACUACGAGAUCGAGUACGACCAGGACGCCGAGAAGCUCAUCAGCGGCCUGUCCGUCAACUACGACGACGACGACGUGGAAAUCGAGAUGAAGCGCGCGCACGUGGACAUGUACGUGCGCAAGCUCCGCGAGCGCCAGCGACGCAAGAACAUCGCCCGCGACUACAACCUGGUGCCCGCCUUCCUGGGCAAGGACAAGAAGGAGAAGGAGAAGGAGAAGCCCGCGCCGGGGAGCGGAGCAGGCGGGACGGCGGCCCCCUCGGCGGCGGCGGCGGCGGGGGGCUCGUCCUCGGUCCCGCCCGCCCCGAAGCGCAAGAUCACCAAGGAGGAGCGGGAGCAGCGGGCGAAGCUGCGGGCGCUGUGCCAGUUCAUGGCGCACCGCGAGUUCGAGGAGUUCUUCGAGAACAUGCACAAGGAGCGGGUCCUGCGCGCCAAGGUCCGCGAGCUGCAGCGGUACCGCCGCAACGGCAUCACCAAGCUGGACGAGUCGGCCGAGUACGAGGCGGCGCGGCACAAGCGCGAGAAGCGCAAGGAGAACAAGAGCGUGGCGCAGUCCAAGCGUGGCGGCGGCGGCGGGGGGGGAGGCGGAGGAGGGGGAGGCGGCGGAGGGGGCGGGGCCGGCGGCGUCAAGGAGGAGGGGAAGGACGGCGAGUUCUCGGCCAUCGAGAACCUGUCGGGCUUCGAGCUGCUCUCCGACCGGGAGAAGGUCCUCUGCAACUCGCUCAACCUCAGCCCCACCCGCUACCUGACUGUCAAAACCAUCAUUAUCAAGGACCACUUGCAAAAGAGGCAGGGCAUCCCCUCCAAGAGCCGCCUGCCCAGCUACCUGGACAAAGUCCUCAAAAAGAGAAUUCUGAACUUUCUCACGGAGAGCGGAUGGAUAUCCCGAGAUGCUUCCUAACGUCCUCGGUAUCCCUGGGAAGUGAUUGUUAUUGUUUUGUGUGUGUGUGUGUGUGUGUGUGUGUGUGUGUGUGUGUGUGUGGGUGGGUGUUUGUGUUUUUCAUUUUAUUAUUAUUAUUGUUUUUUUUUUUUUUUUUACAGCAUGUGACCUCUGUAUGUAAGUUGUAUGUGGGCCAAACUACUGGAUUUAGCCACUUUUGGUGACUCCUUCCUUUUUUCACCAUUGAUCACGGUUAUUCUUGUAAAUGAAUAUGUACUUUGUACAGGGAAAAGACCUUCCUUUUAUCCAAGACUAAACAUGAUACUCAGAGCUAGGACAACAGAACAUUUAUUUUCCAGUGUAAUCCAAAAAGUCCUUUGUAAACCAUUACUGUGGACAAUUGAUACCUGGAAAUGUCUCUCUGUUUAGAAUAAUGGAAGCCUCUUUUUUCUUGUAUGCUUACAUAUUCAUGAGUAGGCAGUUCCGCGACUUAUUUUGAUUUUGAGUGAUAUGCAAUAGCAGUAAUUCUACUUUUAUUAUCAGAUACCAGACUCGGAUACAAACAAACAACAUUUUGUCUGCGAGAAAAUAUCUACAAGGACCUAUACCCCAGGUCGCUACAGAUGGUAGGGACUGAGUAUUCAAUGUCGAGUACUGCGAUCGGUCCAUCUUAUCAGUGCUCUGAUGACUUCCUUUCCUCCAAACAGCUGUGUGCUGGUGAUCAAAGUGUGAAGCUUCAUGAACCCCGAAAUGGCUAAUCCAAUCAUGUGUUAUCACUGAGGUACUGACAUAACAGUUUGAAGCUCUGAUGACAGCACAUGGUGAUCCCACACUGGUAAUGAGGUUCGAAAACCUGUUGUUUCAUCACUGUUGUAUUUAUAUCACUUUAUAGAACACUCUUGUGUAUGAAGGUGACACUUUACUUUAGAUAAUUGGAUGAUGUCCACCCUUGAAUGGGAUCCUAAGUGUGUUAAGGGUUUCCACAUUCUUGUUGUUCAUUUUCCAGCACCUCUGGAAUUUGUCACAACGCCCAGAAUCACAGUUUGGAGCAUAGACUUACUUAACAUUGGACUCCUCAAUCAGGAAAUGGUUCUGUCUGACGUGCGUCUGAUCGCUUAUCAGUAUGGCAUUCUGAAUUGAUACAUGCACGUAUGACCCAACUUUCUAGAUCCCCUUAAGUCAAAGCCACUCCUGUUAUAGAGAUAGGAAUUUUUCAGAUUUGAAAUGGGUGCCCGUCUUUCGUAAGUCUGUGCAUUGCUUUCACUGGAUGUGCCUUAUUGCAGUAACCAUAUCUGUGCUAGGACUAGAACUACAGAAAUGUCUGGAUGCUUGGAUUGACUGCCCCUUAUGGUUGAGUUCCAUUACUGCAUGGAUAGUCAGACGAUCAUCUUCAGUGUGUGGAGCCCCACAUGCUUUUGAGAUGGCAUUUUCCUACUUGGAAGCCAUUUUGGCUCCUCUUCAUCAAGCAUGAGCUGACAUGUAGCUUGUCAGCUUUGAGAUUAUAUGGGGUUAUGUGAAGGACAAGGGCCAUUACCAUCAGUGCUGUUGUAAUAUUGCCUUCACCGUUUCUCCUCAAAGGCCUUUUUAGGGGGUCUGUCCUUGGAAACAGUUUGACAGGAAACUGCAAGUUAGUUUUGUGGUACCGUUUCUUCCAUUAUUUGAGUGAAACAAUUUGUAUUUAUUUUAUUUUGAAAAAUGCUUUGACAUUGGCUAAGUGGGUAUUAAUCUUUUUAUAAAUUAUUGUAUGUCUAAUGCACAAAAUAGACAAAUAUUUGCCAAAAGGGGAAGAUUUAGAUUUUUUGUUCUGUUUUUCUCCUGCUGUUUCAUUGGAAGUCAAGCUUGCCUACUCAGCUGGUGGUUCUCGUGGUGAUUCGUCUGACUUGUGUUGCUGUUUAUUUCCUUGUGAAUCUCUGUACGGCAUGUUUAGUUGGGUAAUCUUUAAUGUGGGCUACUUUGUUGGGGAUCAUUAAUAGAGGGUGGCCGUAUUGUCUAUUAUGUUGCUGGGGACUAGCUAGCCCCAGAUUGGUUUAUAUCUUCCGAGUGUAUGGUCUUUGAGAAUAAGCCUGCUUUUCCCUGUCGACAGUCUGUGACGUUAUUUGAACACUGUUUCUGUGGCUGAGCCACACGGAUGCCGUAUCCGUCGACGUUACUUUUCAAGCCAGUGGGAUCUGUUUCAGAAGGCGUGGUUCAUCGUAGGCCUUGGUUGACCUGAGCUAACAUUAGACGGUCCAAUAUUUGGGUUGAUCAGAUGUUUCUGCGACGCAGAUGGUUUCGUAUGCACUUAUUUUUUUGCGUUCCAGCUCGACUGAUCAUUAAAAAAAACAGCGAGAAGCUUAAAAGAUGGGAUUCAGUGGGGUGAAUAUUAUGGAGUGAACAGAUAUUAUGCGGUGGCUGUUUAACUUUGCAUGUAAGGUUCACUGCAUUUAGUGGAGCUGAAUGCCUUGACAGCCUUUUCUGUCUGCUUAUUAGUUUCAAAUGCAGUGUAGAGUGUAGUGGUGUAAAAAGACAUUGUUCAUCUAAUAUAGCCUAAUUUAUUGUCAGAACUACUCCCUGCCUUAGAGCUUUGGUCAGUCUGAGGGCGACUACUGCCGUGUGUAUAUGUGUUGUCUUUUUUUCCAGAGCUUGAGGACACUUGUAUUUCUAGAUGUUCUAUGAGAGAAAAUAACUGACAGUUUAUUUUUUAAAUAAAAUGUAUAGCUAACCCUAUAAGAGAAAGUUAUGGAUAUGUCAUGCCUCCCCUUCCUAUCAAAGUUAAUAAUGCUCUGGAGAGAAUCAGAGGUGCUUAUAGCCUGUGCUGGUUUGGAAGGAACAGUGCUAAAUUUGUUGCGUGCUUCUGCUUGUUGCCAUCGUAAUGUAAUCAGUCAAGAAUACACAAAAUCAUGGCGUUAAACUUCUGCAUUAUCCUGAGUCGCAGUUACCUGCCACCUUCACUGGGAAGGGUAAAGAUCGGCGUGAGAGUUUUUUGGCAUCGCUGCAUUUUCAUAAAAUGUUGCGUCGUUUGAAUAUUCCGUUAGAUUUUUUUGCCCUGACUCGUGUAUUUUGUGGAAGUCUCCCAUCUCAGGAGGUCCCGUUGAACGUGCGGCAACUCGAGGAUGCACCGCUGUUGCGGAACCCCGUCAGGAGCGGGAAACACAAUGGCCGCCAUAACGGUGUCUGUCGGCGCAGUGUCCCGGGCUUUGUUUGCUUUGAUCCGGGCGAUGGCAGAAGUGCUAUUUAAAUGUAAAUGAGGUGUGAAUGGCCAUUGGUUGACAAAGCGAGCGGGAGCACAAAAGCUAGCGGUGCUCUUCAGGGCCCCUCUCAAAACUGGGAUGAUUGUGACCCCCCCCACCCCCACCCCCCCAUUUCCGUGUAUGGUGCAUAGGCUAUAUUCUUUUUUUUUUUGUUUACAUUUUAUUUGAGUUGUUCUGUGGUGGGAACUUUCAUAUGUGAGGUCUAAACCCAAAGCCUGAAUGUGCGGGGGGGGGGGGUCCAAACCCCAUCGCUUUUAGCAUGGGUCCUCGCUGUCUUUCAGUUUUGGGAAGAAGCAGCCACAGCAGUCCCUCCAGGGGUGUUGUGUUUGUGAUCAAGGAAGGGGGCGGGGCCAACAGUUUGUCUAUGGUGGGGUGGGGUUGGGGGGGUGGGGGGGGGGCAGUUAUUGAAGGUAUAAUGAUCAGUGAACAACAUUUUUAUUUUUUGCCGGUCUAAAAAAGUAUUUUUUUAUCUGUCAUUUUCUUUAUGAAGAAAAGGUAUAAAAGGAAUUGUGCCAUUCAAAAAUGAAUAAAAAUUGCAUUCUCAGUUCUCGAGCUAUCAAACCUAUCAAACUGGUGUAACUCACUUCAUUUAACAAAGAUGUAGGCUACCCAUUGUGUUGGAAACCGUUUGAAAAAAAAAAAAAACAGAGUUUUGUCAUGGUUAGAACUUGCUUCUGUCGGUAUUAGUGUUUUAUCUUACUCCUGCUGUAUAUAAACGUUGUGUAGGUUUGUGAUGUUUCUGUUUUCUGUGCCGUGUGUGAGUGUGUGAAGCGCAUGCUUACAAACUGAGCCCUCACAGCGUACUUUCGUUCCGUCUGGGUUUCACGUUUCAUGAAGCUAUCAGCCAGUUGCGGAACCUCGACACAGAGAUGUUCACAUUUGCUUUUCCAAAAAAGCUUUUUUUAUUUUUAUUUUUUGCCAUCAGAAGUGUAUGCCGUCAACAUUUUGUUACUGUUAUUGAAGAAACCAUUUUUUUGUUUUUUUUAUUCCAUGUUUUGAGGUGUAAGGUUACAGUUACUCUUUAAUAAAUAGUCAGUAAACAGGUUGAGCUAAUUGUGUUAGAGGCGCACUUGUCAAAAAUCUGUACUUUGAUAUGAUUUAUGAUGUGUGGGUAUAUGAAUGAAGCAAUUUGUUGCAUGCCAAUAAAACGACGCAUGCUUGCUGCUCUGAUGACAUCACCGAGUAAUUAGCAGUCUGUGAAUCGCAGGAAGUCUGUUGCUUUUCCUGCGAGUCAGAAUGGCUUGUUGAGAGAUGUAGGCUAUCACAUGAUCAGAUUCUUUGUAUGUCUGAGUGUUCAGAGGAAUAACAAAUAGUUCAGAUUGCCAAAAGCUGGGUGCUCCUUCCUUCCGACUGCAGUGUGUAGAGGAGAUGAAUUAUCCUGUCAUGUGAUUGGGGCUUCAGCCCAAUGAUCAAGAUACACUGUGAACAUAAUCAUAUCAAAUUAUAUUUUUUGACCAGUUUUCCAUUUUAAUGGGCCUAAAAGUGAGUUCCUUUCAGAAUACAUUUUUCUAUUAGUAUUUUGGCAUCUUUGACUACACAAUGAAAAACAUUCUAGCCAGGUAUCAAAAGAAAAAUGAUCAUAAGAAAUGCUUAGGUAAUUUGGAAACUGAUUUCAAUUUGAAUUUAAAUUAUUUCUAAAAAAAAAACUAAUGUAAAAAAAGAAAAAAGUAACAACUGGGGUUUCCAUUAAAAAUUGUUUAUGUUAUUUCAUUGGGAAUUGAAAUAUUUUAGCAAAUGUAAAUAUGUUUUGUAAUGUAAGAAAAAAAAGACAAGAAAAUUACUAUUAAAAACUGACCUGUGAAAUGUAAAGUAUUUUAUUUCAGGAACAUUUUAUAACUUUUGUAAUAAAAUUUGAAAAAAAGAAAAAAUGUGAUAACUGUUUAAAAAAAGCCUUCCACAUAUUGUCUUAGCAUGCUGUAAAUCGUUCCUCUGUCCGAGUAGUAUGCCUAGGAAUGUACAAGAUGUUUGUAAAGGUGGUUGAAGAUAUCAAGGAGAGCGUUAAUGUCCUAUACUUUGUGGUUGCACAUUACAUGGAGUCAUUACAUGUUUUGUAUUAAAGUGCACAUACUUUUUCUCGUA